GAGCCGUCUCUCCCCUCUGCCCGGGGGGGUCUCUGACCUCCGGGCUCAGGCCGCCCACCCCGGGCGCUGCGAGGGGCCGGGACCCCCGAGCAUCCACCCCCGAGGGGCAGCGGGCCCGGCUCCGGUGAUGGUCCCGCUCCCCCCGUGCUGCUCCUCCGCUGCCCCUCGGGUGAGCUUCCCUCCUUCGGUCUCUCAUCCCGCGAUGAGAGCAAACAGCAGUCUCAUCUGCCCCAAACCCCGCUCUUUUGGGAAACAGCCGGAAAGAGGAGCAGGGGAGGAAACAGGCACUGAGUUACCCUGCGAGGGAAGGCACGGCGGCACACAGACCGAGCACAGCUUCCCCGCUUUCCGAUGGUCCCUGUUGUGCCUGCUGCCACCCAACAGUGCUCUCCUCUCGCCUUGACACCACGAAGCUUCGGGGGUUCCCUUGUAUUGGCAGCAGCUGCUGCCCCCAAGCGAAACAGCUGCCACAUUCUCCUUCUCGAAGACGCAUCCCAGAAUGGGCUGUCUCUUCUGAGAGGACAACGUAGCCUCCAAUUUGGCAGCACCGAAAGGCACAGAGGCGGAGUUGGACCCGGCGAAGGAGAAAAAGGACCCUCCGUGACCUCCCCAGAAUCAAAACCCGCAAGUUUUCUCUCUCGGGAGGGCUCAGACGGCUUCCCGGGACGGGUCCGCGGCUGCCGGGGGGCGACGGGGGGGCUACGGCCCAACCGGUCGCCGCACAUCGCCCCGCACAUCGCCCCGCACGGCCCCGCACCACCCCGGACCCUUCUCCGCCAGCCCCUGCUCGGUGCGAGCGAGGGGGCUUGUCCCCUCCCCGCCCCGGCAAGGACACAAUUUGUCCCGGGAAGAAAGAAAAUCGUGACAGCAAAACGGUGGCGUCCAGCUGUCGGGCUUUACCGGCCCCCGCGACACACGGCACGGACUGCGCAGGCUGGAUUUCAAAGAAAAAAGGGAGUUGUUGUUUAUUUAAAAAAAAAAGGAAAAAAAAAAAAAAGAAAAAGGAAAAGAUAAAGGCGGAAAGCUCUAGGUUAAAAUGCACACGCCGAGAUUUUCCUACUCCCUGGAGGGCAGCUGGGCCGGCAACUGGGAACCCAGUCCUCAAACUGGACCGGCUCUGCUGCCCUCACCGAACUUUUCUCGAAAAUUGCAAAAUUUGAAAGCAAGCAGGCGACGCAACACCAACAGAAGGGC